AUGUCGUUGCCUAAGGGGAACACAGGAAUUCUUAUCCAGCUGUUAGAAGGGAAAGGCUGGGAUAAACAUUCUUAUGGGUACCACGGGGACGACGGGCACUCCUUCUGUUCUUCGGGGACAGGACAGCCCUACGGCCCGACGUUCACCACGGGAGACGUGAUCGGCUGCUGCGUCAACCUUAUCAACAAUACCUGCUUUUACACAAAAAAUGGCCACAGCCUAGGUAUAGCCUUUACAGACCUCCCUUCGAAUCUCUACCCAACGGUGGGUCUCCAGACUCCCGGAGAGAUAGUCGAUGCCAACUUUGGGCAGCAGCCUUUUGUGUUCGACAUCGAGGACUACAUGAGGGAGUGGCGAGCGAAGAUUCAGAGCACCAUUAAGCGGUUUCCCAUAGGAGACAGACUAGGCGAGUGGCAAGCCAUGCUGCAGAAUAUGGUUUCGUCGUAUUUAGUUCAUCAUGGGUACUGUUCAACAGCAACUGCCUUUGCCAGAGUCACAGACACCACGAUCCAGGAAGAACAGACCUCAAUAAAGAACAGGCAAAGAAUACAGAAGCUAGUAUUAGCAGGCAGAGUGGGAGAGGCUAUAGAAGCCACCCAACAGCUCUACCCCGGCCUCCUAGAACAUAACCCCAACCUGCUCUUCAUGUUAAAGUGUCGGCAGUUUGUGGAGAUGGUGAACGGGACGGACAGUGAAGUACGUUGUUUCAGCGCCCGCAGCCCCAGAUCCCAGGACAGUUACCCCGGCUCCCCCAGCUUAAGUCCUAGACAUGGAUCAAGCAACUCCCACGUUCACAGUACGGGAGCGGAUAGUCCAACCUGUAGCAACGGAGUCGUGUCCACAAAAAGCAAACAGAGUCACAGUAAAUACCCAACGCUGAGUUCAUCAUCUUCGUCUUCCUCUUCCUCCUCCCCCUCAUCUGUGAACUACUCGGAGUCCAAUUCUACAGAUUCUACCAAAUCUCAGCAGCACAGUAGUACGAGUAACCAAGAAACCAGUGACAGCGAGAUGGAAAUGGAGGCUGAGCAUUACCCCAACGGAGUCCUGGAAAACUCAUCCGCCAGGAUAAUGAAUGGCACCUACAAACACGAAGAGAUCCUCCAGACGGAUGAGUCCAGCAUGGAAGACAGCUGCCCCCAGAGGCAGCUCUGUGGAGGGAACCACGCCGCCACGGAGCGAAUGAUCCAGUUUGGACGGGAGCUGCAGAUGCUGAGCGAGCAGCUUUGCAGAGAAUACGGGAAGAACACAAUCCACAAAACGUUGCUCCAGGACGCGUUUAGCUUGUUAGCUUACUCAGACCCUUGGAACUGCCCCGUCGGUCAACAGCUGGACCCGAUCCAGAGGGAACCUGUGUGUGCUGCUCUUAAUAGUGCUAUUUUGGAAUCUCAGAACCUGCCAAAGCAGCCCCCGCUGAUGCUCGCCCUGGGCCAAGCCUCGGAGUGUUUGCGGCUCAUGGCUCGCGUGGGCUUGGGCUCCUGCUCCUUUGCCAGAGUAGACGACUAUUUGCACUAGCCGCCGGAGCCGGAUGGAGUCGACAUCGUUGAGUGCUGCCCUUCACCCUCCGCUGCUGCCACUCUACACCACCACCUCGUUCGAUAGCCUGACCUCCCUGCCACCAACACCCCCUCCAGCGCGCGCGCACACACGCUGCCUGCGAAAGGAUUGAGCGAGUCCCUCACCGUGUGGCUAUUCCUGACCCCAGGAACGACCGGGGCAGGGCUCACCUGCCUCCCCGCCGUCGCUGCGGCCCCAGCGGCACUCGGUAUUUUCGCUGGUUAUUCUAAUGUAGCGCCUUCCGACGUUAGGGAUUUCUCUUUAUUUUGAUUUGAGUUGUUUCUCAUGGAUCCACCGAUAUUUUAUCUGGAGAGUUUUGCUGAGCUGGUUUCUGCUGAUUUACUGAGGAAGCUCGUCAAGUUGGUGACGGCUUGUUCUUUUCUUCCCUUCUCCCUCCAUCGUGCACAUGCAGCAGCAUCUUCUGUGCUAGUUAUCUGAACUCUUCUCGCAGUGGCAGUUCAGAGGGAUUUAUUUUUUUUUUUAUUUUAUUUUAUUUGAAUCCUGUUUAUUAAAAAGGUCUCUUCCACCUCCAAAAAA